UCCUGCUUGUCAUAAUUGCUGGAACUAGCAAAUGGCAUGGCAGAUUACAAUGGCAGCGAGCAGUGGCGGAGUAGAUUGGACGACUGUCUUAAAACCAUUCUUAUCUAAAAAUUAUGAGACUUCUAAUACAGCAGAACUGAUAGAACUAUGUUCAGCUAUUGUAAAAAGCGAAUCCGAAAUCUUGCGACACAAAGAGAGUAAUAAGAAUUUCUUCAAUUCCUUUGCGGUUCUAGCUUCAGAUUAUAUUAGCAGUAGUACUAGUGGUUUACUUGCGAGUCAACUAGAAACGGUAAACGCUGCAUGUCGUAUACUAUUAAAGUAUCUGCUUAGUGCUCUCAGUAGCGCAUGUAGCGAAACCAAUCCGAGCAGUGCCCAAAUCGAACGAUAUUUAAAUGCUAUUAAAGUACUUUGCAUAGGUACUGGACUGCUGUCCACCACGGAGGUCACCGUCCUCGUCGACAGUAUGAAGGGAGAAAAUUUACCCCAACAGAACCCAGUGCCUUCAGGAAAUGAAAAAGAUGUCAGUAACAAACAAGAAUCGUCUAAAAAUCGAUCGGAUUUAUCAGUCAGCAUUUACGAACAAUUAACACUACCAUUAAGAGAUGGCCGCUCAGUAUCUCUCGAUACUGGCGCUAGCGGUUCCUCAACUGUACCCGAAGUGACACCUGGUAGCGAUCCUUCAUCAGAAAUUAAUCGUUUGUUUUUAAAGGCAAACACAGAAAGUUUACAAUCGUUAAGGGCCGGUGACACUUUGAUAGAUCUGUGUCUUAGUUUACCAUCCAUCAAAAAAGCCAAAGGCAAAGUUGAAGAUGCUUUGGCCGGAAAACCUUUUUGUAUACCUACCAAUCAUGCAGAAGCGACAACUCUUAGAAAUACACUAUCGUCAACCCUAUCUGACAUUAACCUAGCCAUGUCGGCUAUAAACCUACCGGUCUUAGAACCGUUAACCUCGAGCAAACUAGACAAAUUGUGUAGCCUAGCUAUGGCAGUUCUACACUGCGCCCUUAGUCAAGCCUCAGCAGCUGCGGUUCUUUCUAUGGGCUCAGUGGUUUCACCUAAGUGCUCAAAUCAACAGUCACAAGCUGGUUUGAAAGAAGACGAUUUAGAUUCAAACGCAGUGGCUUUAGUCGAAGAGACUCUAAAUAUGUAUAAUUUUAUUGGAAAUGUUAUUAAAACUUCUACGAGGGCAGGAGGUCAUGUGUAUCAAAAUUAUUUACUUGCUGGGGCAUGGGUGCUCAUUUCGGGUCUCCAAACGCAUCUCACCUCCAGUACGUCUGCGGAAAAAUCACCACAUCUUAGAGAAAGGGAGGAAAAAGGUAGAAGCCCUUGUAAAAGUCGAGACGGAAAUACUGCCAGAUCUGGAUUACAAAAAUUUCAGCAGUCUUUUGGAGUACUUUCGGUAGCUCUGGCUUCUAGGGCUCUUAGUUUGUUAUCCGAAUUGUUUGACGAUUUAUAUUUAGAAGUGUGUGGUGGAGCAGGGAGCAUAGUCCAGGUUGAACCUGCUCCCUUAGCAAUAAUGGGCCAGUUCACAGCAUUGCAGAGAAUUUCUAGGAUAUUGAAUGCGGCUCCCUUAAAUCACCUUUUGUUUUAUCUAGCAAUAGUCAGUUAUAGAAAAGCAUGUACACUUAAAAGAUUACAUCCGCCAGAGGGCGACACCUUUAGCCAAUCAGAUUCAACGACAUAUUAUGAAGAUAUGAUCAUGUGCUCCGACGAUAGUUCAACGGAUGAAGACGAUGAUAGUGAGCCCAUCUUAGGACAAUGGUUUGAAGAAACCCUUGCGCCCCCAGAAACAACCGAGUCCAAAUCACCAACUUCUGAAAAUGGAGAAACUAAAACUGUCCAAAACGAACGAUCUCGAUCGAUGGUCCCGGAAAAAGGAGAAGCUCACGGAUUUAUCGCUCUUUCAACUAGUGUUUUUGAGUUCUUAAAUAAACACUUUCUGUGUACGAAAAGUACUUUUAUAUCGAGGUACGUCAAAAAUGGCUUAACGGAACAGCAAAUGAUUAUUUUGGCUGCGAUCAUUAGAGACUUGGACAGGGAGACAGCGAGAACUGAAAUAGGAACAAUUUCAGUGUAUUUCGGCCAAGCACUAGGUCAGCUUUAUUGCGAAUUCUCCGGAGCACUAACUAGAUUCGCACACAACUUAGUAACAAACGGAAAUUUGAGUAAUUUACAAGCUUGCCUUUUAAAUCAUCUAGGAGUAUCUCCCUGGAAUACCGAUGUCCCUCACGCGUGGCCCUUACAAGUAUAUCCAAGGACAUUGGCUGUCUUAGCUCAGGUUUUGCUUUUGAGACCACAGAACGAGAAAGAGGCAUCUGUAAUUAGUAUAUGGCAUAGGUUGGUGAAUACACUCAUAGAAAAUGUUCUUAACAAUCCUCAUUCUGUCGUUGAAUCAGAAAAUGAAGAUUUAAAUGUGGAACAUGCCCAAGUGCUCCUCUAUUUAUUUCAUUCAUUGAACUUGAUGCAGAAGAAAUCAGUCGUGUUACUUAUGGCUGGUGGUGUUUUAAGAUGUUCCGAGAUAGCAAGAGGUCCACUUAAAGAUUCACAGUUGCUACACUUAUCUAGAGUAUUGCUAUUAUUCGAUUAUAUUAUGAAGCACCUAUACGAUCCACCUACGUCGUUGUUAGAACAGAUUCAAUGGAACCUCUUCUACUUGACAAACCUGAAUUCCGACAAAGAAAAAGAAAAUACAAUGACCCGUAUGUACACCGCUUGGCAGGACAUAGAAGACAACUACAGGAAAAUAUCGGCAGUUGAUGAAUUCGCCAUGAAACCUCGGUUCUACGUUUUGACAAAUUUGGAAGUGAACAAUCAAGAUGCUCCGAAACUGGACGGUUUGGCGUGUAAUUUUAUCUUGGGAACCCCAGAUAAACUACGAUAUCCUUUGUUGUUGGAUGCUCUAAUUGAAAUUUUGAACGUAACACACAUCACUUCAGGUGCUAACGCGUCGAAAAUGAGUUUCCUGGGACUUUGUGCUACACAAUACUGUUUCACUAUUUGCUGGAGGCUAUUACAGCUACUCCCGCCAUCAGCGUCAUAUAUGGAACGCUUGGCGACAGGCGAAAAUUUGACGGCUGGCCCCUUAUUACUUCAUUCUCUAGUCUGGGGGCCUAGAGCGUCCCACAAGAAUUUCAGUAGAUGGCUGAAGGACUGUCUAGUUAAGCAAGGGAUGUACACGCAACACACAGACAAAUUAUUAAAGGAAGUGUCCGAAGCAGUUAACAAUAUUAAAUACAAUAUAACGAAUGCUAAAAAUUGUAUUAUGUCGCUUACUCCUGAUGUCAAAAAAGGAAUGGUAACCAAAGAAAACCUUCCACCAUUAUGGCAUUUAUUUUUACUCGACGCUCUUAUGACAAACGUACAAGUGGCUUUAGAAGAGCCCGAAGGGAGCACUGAAAGUACUUCAAUCACUGUAUCUAACGGAACCUACGUCCAGGAUUUAUUACCCCACGUUUUAAGGUUAACUCAAGCAAUACUGCACUGUACAAGAUGGUCCUUACUACAUACUAUUGCUGACCAAAAUCCGUCGUGUGAAAAAUUCUCAUUGCAGAACUUUGAAGGACUACAAGAUGUCCUUGCAAUAGCUUCUACAAAGAAUACACUAACGAUGUCGUUAUCAUCUGAGCUAACCACUCUUUUGCCUUCAUGUGUAAGCUCUGCCCAGUUGCAGAAUUAUAAGACAAUUUUAGAAGAUGUUUCAUUGAGUGCUUAUCAAAACGACAUAAUCCCAUCAGAAAGCGCCAUUUUAAAAGUAGUAGACGCACAUGUAGCUACUCUUUCCAUGGGCAGCCCAUACAGCAUCAACUUGUCACUUCGACGUUUAUUACAAUGCCUAGUCAAAUUUAUUUGUGAUCAUGCCCCUAAAACAGAAAAUACAGACACGAAGAACAAAGCGAUUGAACUACUAGUUUCAAUCACUUUAGAUCUAAGGACCGAAUUUUUGAAUGACACUGUGACUAAAACGUUAGACAAAAUGAUUGGCGAUACCGAAAUAGACGAACAUCAAAAACGAGUCUACCUGAGGGUUUUAGAUCAUACUUAUAAACUCAUAAUAAAUUACACGUCAGGUAACUCAGAGACGUAUAGUGCUAAUAUUGAUGAAAAAAUACUUCACCACUGUUUGAAAUUCUACGAAAAAAUCAUCGAGAAAUCUUCAGGCAGACAAGCUUUAGAAAUCUUCUUUACUGGAGAUAGGGAUUUGGUGAAAGUGCUGAUGUCUGUAUCUAGUCCGCAAAUGUCGCAACAUUAUGGUACCAGAGUACUGCAUUUCUUCAAUAAACUGUUCCAAGCAGCCGAGAAGAGCUCUACAGAUCCAAGCCUGAACUACUUAUGUUCAAGUAUGAGUAAACUGGCAAACGUAGAUAGCGAAAAGCUGCAAACCUGGUUGCGUCAAAUCAUCAUCGGUACAAGUAGUAUUGAACCCGUCGUGACAACUACAGUUACCAUCAAUAAAGAAGAAUCUCCUGCGACAUCUACCAACGGAAAAUGGACUAUAACCACGGUUGAAAGUAAAGAGGCUAAUUCUCCAACAUCUAACGACGAUCAAAAGUCCUUGGUGCAAGAGAACAGUCAGCUGUUGCAAGCUUUAACUAGUUUUAUUGUUAAACAAAACAGUAAUGUUUCCGAAGAAGUUUCGAUAACAAUAUUGAAGGCGCUGAUCCAACUUGGAAAACAUCUGUUAUCGCCUACUCUGGAAGGUACUGGUUUUACUGAUUUAAUGGUGGAUAUGAUCAUGUUAGCAGAUGCUGGUUCAGGAAAGGGACACAGUUAUUUAUUCCCUGCUACAGCAGAAUGGAUAGAACUGUGCAACAAACGCAUCUCAGAAAAAGAUGUUAUAGAUAAAUUAACUAGUAAUCCUGAUUCCUUGAAGAAAAAUGCUAUGCUGGAAGCCUCUUCUAGUAUUCUAGACUACGUUAGCGAUGUUAUAUCAACUAUUAUUGCCCAGCAUCCUCAAACGAUAAGACCUCUUAGUCCUCCUUGGGAAAGUGAGUCUCCUUUAGAGUUGGAAUCUGAGUGGCAAGACUUCGCGAACGAUGACGAUGAUAGCGGUGAAGAUAGCGACGAGGAUUCUUUAUGCAACAAACUUUGCACCUUCACCGUAACCCAAAAAGAAUUCAUGAAUCAGCAUUGGUAUCACUGUCACACUUGCAAAAUGUUAGAUGGCGUUGGUGUAUGCUCUAUCUGUGCCAGAGUUUGUCACAAAGGGCACGAUUUGAGUUACGCCAAGUAUGGUAACUUUUUCUGUGAUUGUGGCGCCAAAGAGGAUGGAAGUUGUCAAGCGUUGGUAAAGAGAAGUCCCCAAACCAACGAAACCAAUAAUGCAACAACUGGAAACAACUCUGAACAUAUGUUAACCAGUUCUUUAAGAAGAAAGACUUCAAGUCCCAUCCCAGCUGACAAGAUUAUUUAUAAGGAGCGAAAAAAUUCGAACACUGUCAAACAGUUAGAUGGUUCAAAAGAAUUCAUCAUCAACUACUUAGGAUCAAGUUUGGUGGCAGGAUCUCUUUUAGAAUUCCUACAAUCUUUAAUCCCAGCUAUUGAAGAAAACUGUCGUAGAAAUUCACUUGUAGGAUGCCACUUACGCGGUAUUAAGGCCUUGGAUCAACUAUACUCAAACGAAAAGAAAUAUGUACAUACUGAUCAACUUAUGGUACCAACUUUAGGUUCUCAAGAAGGAGCUUUUGAAAAUGUUAGAAUGAGUUAUGCUGGUGAACAAGGACAGACCAUAAGACAGUUGCUUUCGGCGCAUAUAGUACGAAGGAUUGCGAUGUGUUGUAUGACGUCUACCCAAGGUCGUAGACAGCACUUAGCAGUAUCACAUGAAAAGGGCAAAAUAACCGUAUUACAACUGUCAGCUUUACUUAAACAAGCUGAUUCGUCUACUAGAAAGUUGACAUUAACAAGACUAUCUACAGCACCAAUACCUUUUACUGUACUAUCGCUAUCAAGUAAUCUUUGUAACGAAGACUUUUUGGCAGUCUGUGGAUUGAAGGAUUGCCAUGUACUCACAUUCACCUCUGGGGGAUCAGUUUGUGAUCAUUUAGUCUUGCAUCCCCAAUUAGAAACUGGAAAUUUCAUCAUAAAAGCUAUAUGGCUGCCUGGUUCUCAAACCAAAUUAGCUCUCGUAACAGCAGACUUUGUCAAAAUCUACGACUUAGCCACGGAUGCAUUAAGUCCUCAGUACUACUUUUUGGUACCGAGUGGAAAGAUACGGGAUUGUACGUUCAUGUACGAUGAAGGCACUUAUCACAUUUUAUUAAUGUCUUCACCGGGACACAUAUACACCGAAAUUUUAAAUGAUGAUUCCUCUACGAAGUAUGGUUCAUUUUAUGUGACGAAUACCUUAGAAGUUUUUCAUUUAGAAGCAGCGGAUGUCAUUGGGCAAGUAGCCGGAGGUGGAGUAUCCAUCUAUUACUCACAUACUCUUGGUCUCCUAUUCUAUAGCUACGCCCAAGGAAAAAGUUUCAUAUCUCCCAUCAAUCCCAAAAGCAACAGUCUACCGUUAGUAUUUGCCAUAAACCUACCGCAAACCAAUAACACCACUUCAAAAAGCAAUGGUUCGAAAAAUUCUGCCAACCAACCGUUAUGCCAAUGGACCGAGAUCCCAAACCAUCCCGGUUUGAUUUGUUGCGCCAUGCAAUCGAAUAACAAUCCUGUUAUUUUGAUGCUUAAGCCAGACACUAUUUUGAUACAGGAGAUUAGAGUCUUACCAGCCAAAAGUAAGAUUAUGGAUAUGGUUGCCAUUAGACACAGUUCCGGAAAUGAGUUGAGAACAACUUUGAUUCUGCUGUGCGAAGAUGGUAGCUUAAAAAUGUAUAUGGCUAAUAUGGAUCAAACAGGUUUUUGGAUGUCGUCAAGCAUUCAAGCUAACAUUACCAACUCGUCCGUAAAACCGAAAAAGAAGAAAAUAAUAAAAUCGGGGAAGACUACAAAUUCCGUAAACUUCCCAGUGGACUUCUUUGAACAUUGCACAAUUUUGACCGAGAUUGAACUGGGCGGUAAUGACGUUUUGCAAAUUUAUAACCAGGCACAACUGAAAAAUCGACUGAACACUACUGGUUUAUACAUAGCUUGUAAUAAACCACUAGGUUUUUCUCUCGAUGUAACUAAUAAUGAUCCGAACAUUGUUAUGGUAGGACUGAGAGUAUUAGUUGGAAGUCAAGAUGUCAUAAGGAUCCCAUCUUUUGUAGAGAUAUUUGGACGUACAAUUCCUAUAACAGCAACUCGCAGCCGCUGGUAUGACAUUGCAUUCUCAAGAGAAGAAGCUCUUCAAUCAGACAAGAAAGUCACAAUUCUAUUUGGUCCUUCUCAAGAUCCUGAAACUGUUACUAUGGUCGACUGUGUAAAAAUUUAUGGAAAAACUAAGGAUUCAUUUGGAUGGCCUGAAGAAAGUGACGAAAAUGUAGCUGCUGGUGGUACGGGAAGUUCCCAACAGGCUGCUUCCAAUUCAGAUAGUGAUCAGAGUUCAGGAAAUAAAACUCAAUUAACGAAACUUGAAAAGCUUGUGGUUGGCAUACUUGAAUCACUCGAUGGCAGCUUCUCUCUGCAUUCAACUGAAGACAAACUGGCUACCUUCAAGACACCAACACUUAAAGUUGCAACGUCCUUGUUGACCCUUCCCACCCAGCCGUCAGUACAAAUCCAUUCUAAGGCUCUUUUAUCAUCUCUUCACUCUACAAGGCUACUGUAUCAUAAUUACAAAGACCAAGCGUUACUUCAACAUGUUUUGACAACUUUGACGGAAAUGACAAGUACCAACAUUAAAGAUUUAGAUGCCGAGAGCUAUUAUAGACUGGUUUUGAUUGUAAGAGGAAUCGCUGUUGCUAGACCACAGAAUUUGGUGAAAUUUGCUGAUAGCCAUACUUCGAUACAAGAUGUUGUCCUGGAAGAUCCUCUGGAAAAUAUUAUAAGAGAAAAGCAAGGUUCAACGUCCAAAGAAGUCAAACCAUUUGAACGUAAACAACAUAGUCAGCAUCUUCUUCUUCAGCUAAUGGAGGUUCUUUGGCUAUUGCACUCUCUGAAUCCUGAAAUUCCUUCAUUGUCCCUAGUAGUUUCACAAGGACUCAAGCACACCGAACAAAUUGUUCAUGCACUUGUUGAAAUAGUGCACGCCUUUAAUAGCUGUGAUACAUACAGCAAUGUCACUAUAGCAGUGUAUCUUCAACUGUUAUUGUGCAAUGAUCCUCUGAUUGCAUUUAGUGCUAAACAAGCUCUUAGCAUAGUGCUUAAACCAAAGACGAAGAGAAGAAAGGUUUUCAUACCUAGUCCUCCUCAUUGCGUUUCACCGCCUCUUCAGAAGACCACAGAUGAUAGGUCUAAGACUCCUCCCGCUAUACAACAAUCGGUUAGUCAUGAAGAAGAGAUGCAAGCAAGACACCCAAAUCAAUAUGAUGUGGACGCCAUUGAAGCUAUUGGAUUACUAGAACAGCCUGGUCAACAGCAAGACAACCACAAUGUUAAUGCUUUGGAAGCUUUACUUGGUGGUGGCGUAGGCUUUCCUCCAUUGCUGGAUAUUCCACCAGAUGCUGAUGACGAAGCUAUGGUAGAAUUGGCAAUUGCAUUAAGCCUACAGGAUCAUGAAAUUGGAGGUGAACAAAAUCAGACCCUGCAAAGUCUUCAAGUUCAAUUAGGUCAAGAUGUGCUUGGCGCCCACCAAGGCCAAAAUGCGCAAGCGCAAGAAUCUGCUAAUUUUAGCGACACAACAGCUUCGGCAGCUGGAUCAGAUGAUGAAGGUUCAACAGCUGCAACUGAUGGUUCAACUUUGAGGACUUCACCUGCAGAACAAGCUGGGUCUGAAAGUGGCGGUAGUGGAGUUGAAAGUAUUACUGGAGAACACAAUGUUUCUGGAAGGUCUUCCGCAUAUGGAGAUAAUAUGCAAGAAGCAAUCAAUCUAGUUUCUAGAUCAGAUACCAGUUCGAUUGCUAACACGGUUGCCGGUAUGGUUGAGGCUGAUGCCCAGCACGAAGAAGUUGAACUGGAAACUGAAAGUAGCAGUAGAUUACACGUUCUCAGGCUGCAACUCCUGGAGAAACUGGUGGAGUAUCUUCCGAAAUUGAAAAACGUUGAUGGAGUCAGAGUAAUACCCUUCUUACAAGUGGUACUCCAGUUAACUGCAGAUAUCGAUGGCCAUUCUGAGCGAGACCGAGUAUGUUUAAAUUCACUUUUAACAACAAUAAUAAGUGAAUUACAACUAACAAAUGAUAAUUUUGCUGACGUUUGCACACGAACCACCCAACGCGAAGUUCAGUUGAUACUUUUGCGAUUACUCAGUGUAUUAAUGCAAAGAUGUAAAACAUCAUCAACGUCAACAUCUAGCAAAACCCCAAUACCAGACAGCACUACCUUUGUUUCUCGCACCACAGCAACAGCUCUUCACAAAGCUGACAUUAUCAACUACUGCAAUAAACUCCUUCAAGCUUUGUUGAGCUACUGGCGAAACUCUACAAAUGAGGAUGAUUCGGUCAGCAUCACAGGAAAUCUUCUUAAAGAACGAUUGCCUCAUCCGCCACCUGAUAUGACACCAUUUUUCCAGAGGCAGUUUGUUAAAGACAAUCAAGACGUAUUCCAUACAUAUCCACAACUUUUGACAGAAAUAGCUUUGAGGUUGCCUUACCAAGUGCACAGGCAUUCGGAUGUUUCAGAGCCUAUCAGUGCCGCGUUCCAUGUGUCAUGGUACAAGCAUCUCUGUGAUUAUAUGAUGACACCACAGACACCUUUUGUAAGAAGACAAGUACGUAAAUUACUCAUGUUCAUUUGUGGAAAUAAGGAAACAUAUAGGCAAUUGAGAGACUUACACGGAUUAAGAAACCAUAUGAAGAGAGUAAUGGAAUGCUGUACCAAGGCUGGAUACCAACCUGCUACUGACAUUCAGCAUGCUUUGAGCCUGCCGUAUGAUGCCCUGGUUGAAUUAAUUGAACAUUUGAAAUAUUGUGUUGAGGUCGCUCAAAGUCGCACCGGUAACUGGCAACGCUUCUGCAUAAAAGAAGAAGACGUAAUCCAAUUCUUGAUACGUAUCAGUUUUCUUUUGGAUGAUGGUGUUGCACCUACCGUUCUUCAGCUUCUUCAAAGCGCAAUAGUAGUUAACUCACCGGCAAAGAAGCCCGAUCCAUCGAAAACAGCCUCCAGGAAAGAUCGAGAAAAGUCUGACGAUUCUAGUACCGAAGCCGUGUUCGAAGAAUCUAACUCUGUAAUUUUAGUAGAACAGAUCACCAAGCAUAUAUCUAAAGAAGUGUUUGCGCGUUUUGUAAAGACAUUUAUGCUAGAAACUAAUAUAACCUCUGUAAGAUGGCAGGCGCAUGCGUUGACGCUAGCCAUUUAUAAAAACUGUAAACCUAAAGAUCAAGAAGCCAUACUAGACCUUUUGUGGCAGUUAUGGCCAUUGCUACCGGCUUAUGGGAGAAAAGCUGCCCAGUUCGUCGAUUUGCUCGGUUACUUUUCACUGAGAUAUACGGAGAAAACCGAAGGUGUUGAAGCUAUUCCCGAAUAUGUCGAACGAGCAUUCAGUGUUCUUAAAGCACAGAACGAAAUGUUAGCACAUCACCCAAAUGCAAACCUAUAUGCUCACAUGGGCCAAUUUGUAGAUCUGGAUGGAUAUUACUUGGAAUCAGAACCUUGCCUUGUUUGUAACAACCCAGAAGUUUCGUUUACUGUCAUUAAAUUGAGUUCAAUCAAGAUUGAUUCAAAGUUUACAACAACUACACAAAUCGUAAAGCUACUGUCCAGUCACACAAUUAGUAAAAUCACUAUAAGAAUAGCAGAUUUAAAACGAACGAAGAUGGUUAGAACAGUCAAUAUUUACUAUAACAAUAGAUCUGUACAAGCAGUAGUUGAGCUUAAAAAUAAACCUGCACUAUGGCAUAAAGCAAAGAAGGUUACUUUACAAUCUGGUCAAACUGAAGUUAAAAUCGAGUUUCCUCUACCAAUUGUAGCCUGCAAUUUAAUGGUGGAGUACGCAGAUUUUUAUGAAAACAUUCAGGCUUCAUCCGAAACGUUACAGUGUCCGAGAUGUAGUGCCUCGGUACCGGCUAACCCAGGAGUAUGCGCCAACUGUGGUGAAAAUGUUUUCCAAUGUCACAAAUGUCGUGCUAUCAACUACGACGAAAAGGAUCCUUUCCUGUGCCAUGCAUGUGGAUUCUGCAAAUAUGCUAAGUUCGACUUUAGCUUACUGGCGAAACCUUGUUGCGCUGUGGAGCCUAUAGAAAGCGACGAAGAUCGCAAAAAGACCGUUUCUAGUAUAAAUUCUUUUUUGGAAAAAGCCGAUAGAGUUUACAAACAACUCAUCGCGAAUAAACCUACUUUGGAAUCGCUGGUUGUUAAGAUUACAGAGCACAGACCCGAUAAAAAAGAAGAUGCUGUUUCGACUUCGUCGGCACCGACUGCAGGUGGCGCUGCAGCAGCAGCUGCUGGUGCUGGAGCCCAGUUGAAAGUGAACAAAACAAUACAAAUGCUGGCUCAACAAUACUGUAAUGAGUGCAAGACUUCGUUUGAGGAGCUCAGCAAAAUUAUACAGAAGGUGUUGGUGUCGCGGAAAGAAUUGGUGGCUUAUGACAGGAAACACAGAGAUAUGGAAUUGCCGAAAUCUACACCGGUCCUUAGCGAAAAUCUGGUCAAUUUUCCUUGCGUUAACAAUCGUUGUUACGGUUGUUCCACCGCUGCCACAGAACACUGCUUGACUUUGCUAAGAGCAUUGGCACACAAUCCUACAACCAGAGAAGUUCUAUGUUCACAAGGACUCAUCCAAGAACUAGUAUGGAACAAUCUAAGAAAUGGAAGCAUUCACAGUCAAGAGGAGGUGAGACAAUUACUUUGCGUUCUGACUAAGGAUAACAGGACUGCCACGGAAGAACUCUGCAACCUUUUAAUGGAGAGGAUAAGUUUGAGUUUGAAUGGCCACAUCAGUUCUGCAGACUUGGGUACGAGUGUUAGGCAUGAAAUUGCUCUCUUGGCAGCGAUGGUUCAAAAAGAAGAUGACUGCUGGGAGCUGAAACUCAGGUGUAUGAUGAAUCUGUUCCUGAAAGCAUGUGAAGGAUCGAGAAGUCCCUUGGUGAUGGAAUCUAUCAUUUUACCAUGUUUAAAAAUACUGCAAAGUUUAAUGAAAAUUCCGGAACCUGGAUCUAAGAAAACUAAGGAAAAACCAGCUCCUUCCUUGCAACUAAGCGUGCAACUUGAAUCUCCGUAUGGUGCGAUGGUUGACCUCAAUAAAUUUUUGGAUAAAGACGAUGCUCAUACUUUUAAUGGGUGGAAAUCAAGAUUCCCUAAGGCACAAGAGGCCUCUGCCUCGGCCAAACUCAGCAAAGAGGAGAACAGAAAAUACUAUUUGGCUGAAAAAUACUGCCGCAAAUGGAGAAGACACAUUAAGAACCUAUAUAUCCGCGACGGACUCAAUUUCGACGAUACCUCAUGGCUCAAAGCCGUCAUUUUCAACCCAAGUUCUCGAUUAGCCCGACAAGUCGCAUGUAACAUCAUAGAAAUCAUGUGCAGCAGUUUCGAACGCAAGCGCGACAUGCUCGAUCUGCUAACUCAUUUCUUAGCAGAGUUAAAUACUGCAGGCGAAAGUGCUGCCGAGUUCCUUGCCAUUUACCAAGAACUUAUCGCGGAGACGCCUUGGAAACAGUAUUUAACUGUUAACGGCGUACUUACAGUGCUCGCGCACCUUAUCACCAUCGAGAUAGAGCAACUUCACAGGCUCGAAGAGACAACUUUGACGUCAGAUCUUGCACAAGGAUAUGCAUUGAAUCAGAUUACGGAGUUGCUGUCAUAUUUCUUAGAUGACGUGGCUAUUAGAAGACAAUACAAAAGCAGACUUGUUGGAGCGGUGUUGAAUGGAUACCUGUCUUUAAGGAGGCUUGUUGUACAGAGAACUAGGUUGAUAGAUGAUACACAGGAAAAAUUAUUGGAACUACUGGAAGAAAUGACUACAGGUACGGAAGAGGAAACCAAAGCUUUUAUGUCAGUGUGCAUUCAAACAGUAGAACGAUACAGUCUUCAAGACAUUUUAACUCCGGUGUUCAUCUUUGAACGUCUUUGUUCCAUUAUAUAUCCCGAGGAGAAUGAUGUAGGAGAGUUCUUCUUGACUCUGGAAAAAGAUCCUCAACAGGAAGAUUUCCUUCAAGGCCGAAUGUUAGGCAAUCCUUAUUGCAGUCUGGAAGCUGGAUUGGGGCCUUUGAUGAGGGAUGUCAAGAACAAGAUCUGUCAAGAUUGCGAAUUGGUGGCUCUUCUUGAGGACGACAAUGGUAUGGAGCUCUUGGUCAACAACAAAAUCAUGAGUUUAGAUUUACAAGUGAAAGAUGUAUAUAAAAAGAUCUGGUUGGCAGAAGGAAGUGACCAUGAACCGAUGAGGAUUGUGUACAGAAUGAGGGGGCUCCUUGGUGAUGCUACCGAAGAAUUUGUAGAAAGUCUUAGUAAUAAAUCCCAAAGUGAUGUAGAUAAUGAAGAGGUCUAUAAAAUGGCCAAUGAGUUAGCCGAUUGUGGAGGACUUCAGGUUAUGGUAACUAGAUUGGGAGCGAUACCGAGCGUCACCAGAGCUAGACCGUUGUUACAAGUGUUAUUAAAAUUAUUUAGGUUAUGUGUGAAAGUUAAUCGUUGUCAAGAGGUUUUAAUAAAGCCGGAGUUGAAGUCCAUGGAAGUAUUUUUACGCACGUUGCAACUUUGUUUAGAUAGCGAUAAAGAUUCUAGUCAAACUGGCGUUACCGAACAACUAUUAGAUAUUAUGGAAACGAUCUUGUCGAAAGCAACGAGUGAAUCCGAAGAAAACUUCACCGAGUUCUCACAAACUCUAGGUAGUGCCGAAUACGUCAAAUCUUUACUGUCAUGUACUAAUCAGCAGGUAGUGAAGAACAGUUCCGUUCUAGUCCAUUUAACCAGGGUAUUAGCCGCUUUGGUUUACGGCAACAAAGAGAAAAUGAAGAUUUUACUUGACCAUUUCAGUUCCGUCCUGGAUUUCAACAAAUAUGACAUGGAACAUAACUCAGACGAUCAACAAAAACUCGAGAUGUUCUGUGUUUUAACCAACAGCAUCGAGAAGAAUGCCAUCGGCAGCACGUUAAAAGAUUACAUAAUCGCUUUGGAAAUAGUCAAAAAUGCCUUAGAAUACAUAACUAUGCACGCACCUUGUGUCAAACCGACUUUAUUAAGGGUAGACAGCGACGAGUUGAAAGAUUUCAUAUCCAAACCGGCUUUGAAGUACAUCUUGAGAUUUUUAACUGGAUUAGCUCAUAGUCACGAAAAAACGCAACUAGCAAUAGCUGCUGCGGAAACUAUUCCGAUCAUUCAUCGUCUGGAACAGGUGUCUUCAGAUGAACACGUCGGAUCCCUAGCUGAAAACUUGUUAGAAGCACUCUGCACGAAUCCGGAUGUCGCAAAGCAGAUUGACGCCGUCAGAGAGUUUACAAGAUCUGAGAAGAAACGUCUCGCCAUGGCAAUGAGGGAAAAGCAACUUGGUCAGUUGGGAAUGAGAACCAACGAUAAAGGCCAAGUCACUGCAAAGUCUAAUAUACUCCAACAAAUUGAAGAAUUGGGCGAGGAAUCCGGUUUGGUGUGUUGCAUAUGUCGUGAAGGAUAUAAAUAUCAACCAACCAAAGUUUUGGGGCUGUACACGUUUACAAAAAGAUGUAAUGUUGAAGAAUUCGAAGGCAAACCAAGAAAAACUGUUGGAUACACUACUGUCAGCCACUUCAACAUCGUUCAUAUCGAUUGUCAUAUGAGUGCAGUGAGGUUGGCACGGGCUCGUGACGAAUGGGAAUCUGCGGCCCUUCAAAACGCCAACACCAAAUGCAACGGACUCUUGCCGCUAUGGGGUCCACAAGUACCCGAAUCAUCAUUUGCCAGUUGUCUUGCCAGACACAACACAUACUUGCAGGAAAGCACGAAUCACAGAGAUAUAGGACACAAUUCAACUAUUCACGAUUUGAAGCUUUUGCUGUUGAGGUUUGCACAAGAGAAAUCUUUUCAUGAAGAUACGGGAGGCGGUGGACCACAAAGUAAUAUGCAUUUAAUACCAUAUCUGAUACACGUUGCUUUAUAUGUGAUAAAUACUACAAGAGUGAAUAAAAGGGAAGAAGCCAACCUUAUGUCGUACAUCGAAGCUACUAAUGCAGAAAAAUGGAUAGAAACAGCGUAUGAUGCUGAAGGUCCUCUAUAUUGGAUAACGAUGUCCAUUUUACUUCACUCCAGACAACAGUGGCAAGCACAUCGGCUUUCUCACUUCAAACGGUUAAUGGUUUUGGCACAAGUGCGACAUUGUCAACCGUCCGGACCUGUCAAAACUGUAUCAGACAAAUCAGUAAAAGAUUAUAAUAUCUAUAAACCGUACUUGUUGUUCUUUGGGCUUAUCGAUGGAAUCUAUAACCAUUUCUUCAAGAAUGUGGGAGGUCCAGACGAACAAUGGUCAACCAACUUAGCAGACUACAUUCGCCACAAUGAUGAAGCUUUGAUGAAAUCUUCAGAAAAGCUCUUGGCUGAUUAUACAGAUGAAUUUUUACCUUGUACUUCCUUUUCAGAAUUCUGUGAUGUGGCAGGUUUACUCGACAUUAUAACCACGCCGGAUAGGUAUUUAAGUGACCUGCUGAAUGGAUUACCUUAAUGUGUAUAAAAUGUUUCCGAAUUUUAAAAUGUAAACAAAGGCUGUACACUGUUUUUACUAAUCGCUUGCUGCUAGGUUGUAAUCUAAAUAAAUGUAGUAUAUAUUUGCUUGUUGUUGGAGUUUUAGAAAAACUAAAUUAUUGUAAUUACGAUUGAUUAAUUAUUAUUUGAAUUAAAUUUUAAUUUAUA